AUGUCGGGCGGUAACAAGGAUAUAAAAGUACGAGCAGAUCCUCUACCAAUAAUUGCGUUAAAGGCCUUUGAUCUAGCCUUUCCAAGACGUGCAGGAAUCCUGAACCAGUUUAGAUCCUGGGACGGUAAGCAUUUACUUGACCUAUUCUAUUCGAGCCUCCUUCCCACAUCUCAUGUCAUAAUCAAUUUCAAUGAUUUAGAGGAAUAUCGUCCAUCAGACCAAUCAAUUCAAUGUGUCACACAGCUUAGGCCAUCAGGAAUCAAGUUUAGGCCAAGAAAGAGCGAUAGCUUCCUGGAUAUAAACUUUCGAAACCGUGUACUGGAAAUUCCAACUAUCACCAUUAAUGACUUCACAAGCACUGUCCUCGUAAACUGUGUUGCCCUAGAAGAAUGCGAGGAAAGGAGAUCCAAAUACUUCAGCGAUUAUGUCUCUUUCAUGAAUUGUCUCAUUAACCAACCGAGAGAUGUUACGUUUCUUUGUUCAGAUGGAAUCAUCACAAGAUUCUCCCAAGAUGACCAAUACGUGACCGAUCUCUUCAAUACUCUCGGGAAAAAUAUUGCUUUCAAUAUUCGAGAGUGUUCUCUCUCCAAACUAUUCAGCGAAGUAGAGUCGUAUUACAGCAGCAACUGGGCAACUAUGAGGCGAACUUAUUUUAGCAGUCCUUGGUCAUUCAUCUCAGUGCUAUCCGCCUUCAUCCUACUAGUCCUUGCUAUGGUACAAAGCAUUAUGUCUGUUCUAAGUUACAAGUGCUAUUAG